AUGCAUAAAAACCAAGUCACGGCAAAAAAUUUAUUGACCGACAGAAGGUUUUGUCCAGUUGGUUCAAUUUUACCUGGUGUUGACUUGGUUCUAAUUGACAAAGACAACAAAAUACAAUCCACUGGAGGAAGAGGAGAGAUCUAUGUUGGAGGACCAACUUUAGCCCAUGGGUAUCUAAACAGACCAAACGUUGAACAGUUAAGAUUUAUAAAAGUGCCAGAAGGUGUAACAACAAGCUAUGGAAACAGACUUCAUAGGACUGGAGACUUGGGAUAUUUAUUACCUGAUGGAACACUAGAGAUUUGUGGCAGAUGUGAUUCAAUUGUUAAAAUUAGAGGCCGUUCCGUAGAUGUUCAGGGAUUGAAGACAACCAUAAAUGGUUGUGAAGGGGUUACUACUUGUGUAGUAUUAGUGAAAGGACAGCAAAUAAAAGACAGGUUCCUGGUGGCAUACAUUGUACCAGAAGUACAGACAACUAUGAAAGAAAUAAGAGAUUCACUUAAACAAAUACUACCUUUAUAUAUGAUUCCAUCAUAUUUUGUAUCUUUGCAAAGCGAUGAGCAAUGA